AUGCCCCCCCACCCGUCAGCCCCCCUCCCCGUUCUUCUCCUCUUCCUCCUCCCCAGUCUCCUGUCAGAGCCCCACCCCCCACCCGUACCACUGCCCCCAUUUCUGGCCCCUGAGUGGGACCUCCUGUCCCCCCGAGUAGUCCUGUCCCGGGGUGUCCCCUCAGGACCCCCUCUGCUCUUCCUGUUGGAGGCUGGGGCCUUCGGAGAGCCUGCGGGCAUCCCAGCCAACCGCAGCCGCCGUGGGGUGAGCGAGACAGCACCAGCCAGUCGCCGGGGCGAGCUGGCCGUCUGUGAUGCAGUCAGCGGCUGGGUGACAGACCGGCGGACGGCCGUGGACCUGCGUGGGCGCGAGGUGGAGGUGCUGGGCGAGGUACCAGCGGCCGGUGGCAGCCCUCUCCGCCAGUACUUCUUUGAGACCAGAUGCAAGGCCGACAGUUCUGGGGAAGACAGCCCCGGUGGGGGUAGCGGGGGUUGCCGGGGUGUGGACCGGCGACACUGGGUGUCUGAGUGCAAGGCCAAGCAGUCUUAUGUUCGGGCAUUGACUGCGGACGCCCAGGGCCGCGUGGGCUGGCGAUGGAUUCGAAUCGAUACCGCUUGUGUCUGCACCCUCCUCAGCCGUACUGGCCGGACCUGA